UUGUGACUAAUUCUACUCUAAUGUCUUUUGAAUCGAUCUGAGAUGCGCGGAUUCGAUCGAUGAUUCAGCAUUUGAUUUGUGAAUGAUGCGCAUGCGCACGGCUGGAACUUCCUCUCUACUUGCUUCUUCGCCAUGGCCCCUAUUAAGAAGCAAAGCACAGGUAAAGGUGGUAAGAAGAAGAAGCAGCUCCUGAAGUUCACACUUGACUGCACCCAUCCUGUUGAAGAUGGCAUCAUGGACGCUGCCAACUUUGAGCAGUUUCUUCAGGAGCGUAUAAAGGUGAAUGGAAAAGCCGGCAACCUUGGUGGUGGUGUGGUCUCCAUCGAGAGGAGCAAGAGCAAGAUUACCGUGUCCUCUGAGGUGCCCUUCUCCAAAAGAUACCUGAAAUAUUUGACUAAGAAGUACCUGAAGAAGAACAAUCUCCGUGACUGGCUGCGCGUUGUGGCCAACACCAAGGAGAGCUAUGAGCUGCGCUACUUCCAGAUCAACCAGGAUGAAGAGGAAGAGGAGGAUGAAGAUUAAAUUGACAAUUCAUGUGAUUUUGUACAUUUAAAUAAAUGGGGUUUACAGUACAGAA